AAAAGCGACGCGACACCGGAAGUGGAAGCGCGAAUAAAGAAAGUGAAGCGUCAAAACAUAAACAGAGAGCGGUGGAGCUUGUGCGGCCUCAACGCCGAAACCUUCGGGCCUCAUGUCGUGUGUUCACCGCGACGCCAACCCCAGCAGAGGGCCCUAGCCGAGCCGCCGGGCGGUGAGCUGGAGACGCAACAUCUGCAGGAGAGACUUAAGGACGAAUAACUCACAAGUGCGCCUCGUCGGGCCUUCGAGUGGAGGUGCUGCCUCGGGUCGACGCAGGACCAAGGGGACAGAAUGGCCGAGGCUGACGGCAAAUCCAGUGCGUUGAACGCAGGUUCCUCUGAUGAAAAGGAGCCCGGAGAAGAUCAACACAAGGAGGGAGAUGCCUCUGGAAGCAAUGAAGGACAAGCACAGUCUUCUUCUCAAGAUGCUCCCAAAGAAACAGGUGAGGUGUCUGGAGACAAGCCGAUGCCCGGUGUGGAAGGAGAGACAGGCACAAAUGGCGAGGAGGAAGAGGAAGACACAGACAGCAUGGAUGGCAGUGGCCUCUACUCCCUGACUGAGGAUGGUGAAAGAGAGAGUGAGGGAGGCAGACAAGAGAGGGCAAAGGACAAAGAUGGCCGUAAAAGGGCAGCAAGAAAGAGGAAUAGACCCGGCGGUGGCACCAACCAUUCCUCCAGCUCGGACGAGGAUGACGACGAGGAUGAAGAUGAAGAAGAACAGAAAGAUGAUGACGACGACGAUGAUGAUGAGGCCAUGGAAGCAUGGUUGGGAGCAGAGCUCUGUGAACUUCGUGGGCCUAUAUGGCGUUCUGUGCCCUCACUGCGCUCCAGGGAGAUCGGCAGGGACUCGCACCAGUUUGUGAGGCGUGUGUGUGCAGCCCGAGGCCUCGUGCAGAGGCUGGAGCUCCAGGGCCGCCUGGAGAAGCACACGGGCUGCGUCAACACAUUGCACUUCAACCCCUCAGGCACUCGCCUGGCAUCAGGCAGCGAUGAUCUGCGAGUUGUGAUCUGGAACUGGGCCAUCCGCCACGCUGAGCUGGAGUUUGACAGUGGGCACAAGAGCAACGUCUUUCAGGCGAAGUUCCUGCCUCACAGCGGAGACUCCACGUUGGCCAUGUGUGCUCGAGACGGUCAGAUCAGAGUGGCGGAGCUCUCUGCCACGCAGCGCUGCAAGAACACCAAACGAGUGGCACAGCACAAAGGGGCAGCACACAAGCUGGCCCUCGAGCCCGAUUCGCCCUGCUCGUUUCUGUCUGCUGGAGAGGACGCUGUGGUGUUUGGAAUUGACCUGCGUCUAGACCGACCUGCCAAUAAACUGGCAGUUGUAAAGGAGGGUGAUAAAAAAGUUGGGCUGUACACCAUCUACGUCAACCCAGCAAAGACACAACAGUUUGCUGUGGGCGGGAGAGAUCAGUACGUCAGGAUCUAUGACCAGAGGAAGAUUAAUGAGAACGAUAACAAUGGCGUACUGAAAAAGUUUUGCCCUUCACAUUUGGUUUCCAGUGAGUCCAAAACCAACAUAACCUGCCUUGUGUACAGUCAUGAUGGCACAGAGCUCCUGGCCAGUUACAACGAUGAGGACAUCUACCUGUUUGACUCCAACCACAGCGACGGGGCCGACUAUCGCAGGAGAUACAAGGGACACCGCAACAACGCCACAGUGAAGGGGGUAAACUUCUACGGGCCGUGCAGCGAGUUUGUGGUCAGUGGCAGCGACUGCGGACACAUCUACCUGUGGGACAAGAACUCUGCACGGAUCGUCCAGUUCAUGGAGGGAGACCGAGGGGGAGUGGUGAACUGUUUGGAGCCUCAUCCCCAUUUGCCUGGCAUGGCUACCAGUGGGUUGGACCACGACAUCAAACUGUGGGCCCCCACUGCCGAAAGUCCCACCGGACUCAAGGGUCUAAAGGAGGUGAUGAAAAAAAACAAGCGGGAGCGCGAUGAAGACAGCGUGCGCCACGGCGACCAGUACGACACCCAGCUGCUGUGGUUCCUAAUGAGACACAUGAGGAACAGACGGCCCACGAGGGCUCGUCGUGAGGGGGCAGACCCAGACUCAGACGAGUCCUGGAGCUCUCCAGAUUCCUCUGAUGAAGAGGAGGGAGGUCCAGACCAUGUCCAGUGCAUGUCCUCCUGAGCCACACACACACACACACACACACAGACACACACACAGACACACACACACACACACACACACACACACACACACACACACACUUUAUUGCCCUUGAAUUGAUGCACAUAGGCAAGCACUAUUGACACACUGGCACACUCAAACACUGACGAGCCACAGAGCCACAGACUUUGGGUGUUUUUGUUUUACACACUCUCACACAGACAAACACAUACAUUUACCUAAAUAUGCUGUCGAAGCAGUGACAGAUGUUGACGCCUGGUUUCCCAGCAGUUCAGAGUGUGCACACGGCGACCUCGGUCUGCAUACACACUUCCUGAAUCCUCGUCUUUGAGAAUUGUAACGAAGAGCUUUAGUGAUUGCUCACGUCCCUAUAAACCACUCGGAAGCCCCGGCUCGUCCAUACAU